GUGAGACAGAGGACAGAUACGCUUCAGUCGGCACCCUGCGAGGAAACAUCCCGGGAACCAAGCGCGCUUUCAGUUUUGGAUCAACACCUUUAUCCCUACGGACAUUAUAACUUUUAAACACGUGGAAGGUUCUUUUCAUUUUGUGCGAAGGUUAAUAAUGAUGAUAACGCGGCAGGUGAGGCUUGAUACGAACUAAAUGUGUUUGGAUUUGGAUGACCGUAGAUGAAGGCGCACGCAAUUCUACGACCAUAGGAAUUUUAAGUAUGGGCUUCGUGCGUAAAAUUACUUAAAUGCCGUUUUGAGGUGUUAAAACAGCUAAAAAAAACAACUUCGUGAUAGUUUCAAGAAUAGUUUGAUACCAGAAGAGCCAAAGGAUGACUGUGAAGCUGGACUUUGAGGAGUGCUUGAAAGAUUCCCCUCGCUUCAGAGCUGAAAUUGAAGUGGUCCAAAAUGACGUGAGUGAACUGGAAACUCGCUUAGACAAGUUGGUAAAGCAGUGCCAUGCCAUGCUGGAGGCGGGGAAGGUCUACUGUCAGACCAGCAAGAGCUUCAUCAAUGGACUGCGUGAGCUGGGCCACCACUGCUCUCAGGACAGUCUCAUGGAGGAGUGUCUGGACACCUUCUCCAGGAGACUGUCUGACAUUGUAGAUGCCUACGGGGAAGUGAUUGAUACUACACAGAAGUCGGUCAAAUCCAAGCUACACACUUUUGUAAAAGAAGAUGUACGGCAUUUCAAAGAUGUGCGUAAAGAGUUUGAACGCAGCAGCGAAUGCCUGGAGGGGGCACUAGCGAAGAAUGCCCAGGCCCCCCGAGGGAAGGCGCACGAAGUGGAGGAGGCGAGCAACGCUUUACUUAACGCUCGCCGGAUGUUUCGGUCUGAGGCACUGGAUUAUGUCCUGGAGAUCAAUGUCAUUGAGGCCAAGAGGAAGACUGAAAUCCUGAUGGCAAUAUUGUCUUUAAUGGAUGCGCAGGCCCAGUUCUUCCAGUAUGGCCACCAGUCUCUUUCUGAUUUGGAUGAUUAUCGACAGAAACUCAGUGACGAGUACACACAGUUUGUCCUAAAUUCUGCCAGAGAAAAGAGGGACAUGGAACAAAGGCAUGCAGCAAUCAAGAAAAAGGAUGUGUCCUAUGAUGACUCCAUAAUGGACUUCAAUGCAGAUGCAGCCAAUGGGAUUGCAAUGGAGGGCUACCUUUAUAAGAGAGCCAGUAACGCCUUUAAGACAUGGAGCAGACGCUGGUUUUCUAUUCAAAAGAAUCAGCUGGUGUAUCAGAAGAAAUUCAAGGAGCAGCCUACAGUUGUGGUUGAAGACUUGAGACUUUGUACAGUCAAACACAGCGCCGAAAAUGAGAGACGAUUCUGCUUUGAAGUGGUUUCUCCGUCUAAGAGUUGUUUGUUACAGGCGGACUCGGAGCGGCAGCAGCAGGCCUGGAUCAGUGCCGUCCAGAACAGCAUCGCCUCGGCAUUUCAGGAGAGACGAGAGGACACGCACAGUCCAAGGCAGCGUUGUAGCUCGAUGUCGAUGAGCAAUAUGGGAAGUGACCGAGGUAGCUGUGGUGGCUCGGAGCAGGAGGACAGUAGCUGUAAGGCUCUGCAGGAGGUGCAAGCCAUCCCAGGGAACAGGCAGUGCUGUGACUGUGGAGAGGCCGGUCCCGAGUGGGCCUCCAUUAACUUGGGCAUCACACUGUGUAUCGUGUGCUCAGGAAUACACAGGAGCCUCGGUGUGCAUUUUUCAAAAGUGCGUUCUCUCACACUUGACUCUUGGGAACCUGAGCUGAUCAAGCUGAUGUGUGAGUUAGGUAACUCAGUAAUCAACCGGAUCUAUGAAGCACGGAUUGAUGAAAUUACAAUCAAGAAACCCCAAUCUUCAAGCCCGAGAGGAGACAAAGAGUCCUGGAUCAAGUCCAAAUACGUAGAGAAGAAAUUCAUACACAAGCUGCCGGAGACGGGAAGGAAUGCCCCCUUAAGACGCUCCAGUGCCAGGAGAAACCGGACCACCACUGCAGACCGGACCGGACCAAAACCCCCAAUCAAACCAAAGCCCAACCACAGAGCCACCCUGCCCCGGGUCACAGGACUAAACCCUAGUGAUUUCCAAAAGAACAACGAAGUCUUUCACAAAGAUGCGGAGGAGGAGGAAGAGGAUCUGAGCGUUCUUCAUCCUGGGGCACUGUUGUACAGAGCCGCGGCGUUGCAGAACUUCCCCGUCAUGGCCGACGCUUUGGCCCAUGGAGCUGAUGUCAACUGGGUCAAUACUGCAGAGGAGAGCAGCACGCCUCUCAUACAGGCUGUCUCUGCUAAUGCAUUAGCAGCUUGUGAGUUCCUACUACAAAAUGGAGCCAAUGUGAACCAUGCAGACAGCAAUGCAAGAGGGCCAUUGCAUCAUGCUACAAUCUUAGGACACACAGGGUUGGUUUGUCUCUUCUUGAAACGUGGUGCAGACUACAAUGCAAAAGACAAGAACCAGAAAGACCCCAUAACCAUAGCCGUGGACAAUGCCAAUGCUGACAUUGUCACCUUGCUGCGGAUUGCCAAAAUGAACAAGGAGAUGCGUGAAAUGGACGAAGCAUUCGGACACACAGGAGAUGAUACAUACCAGGACAUCUUCAGGGAUUUCUCACACAUGGCAUCAAACAACCCAGAGAAGCUCAAGAGACGCAGCGCAGACCCGAGAUUCUAGCGCACAUUCUGAGACUCACUCACGGCUCACUCACGGCUCAGCUGGUGCUGACCUGUGUGGACAGUGGACUCUUUGUGUGGACACAGGGCAGAACUAUUGUUUCCCAGUGGAAACACUGUAUUCUGUGUCAAGAGCAAUGGUAUGACUUUGUAUCCGCUUUAAAAUUGUAAAACUAUUGUUUUUACUCUGUAAAAGUUUUAUACAUAUAUUUCGAUGCAUUUAAAAUUUUGUGAUUUGUUUUCUGCUGUUCAAAUAAACAUCGCAAAGAUU